AACCUGUCCUUGUUAGACAUCAGUGUCACCUCGACCAUCAUCCCAAAGAUGCUGUGGAACAUCCAGACACAGAGCAAAGUCAUCACCUAUGCAGGCUGCAUCACACAGAUGUAUUUUUUCAUAUUCUUUGGAGGACUGGAUGACUUCCUUCUAGCCGUGAUGGCCUAUGACAGGUAUGUGGCCAUCUGUCACCCCCUGCACUAUAUGGUCAUCAUGAACCCCCGGCUCUGUGGACUGCUGGUUCUGGUGUCCUGGAUCAUGAGUGCCCUGAACUCCUUGGUAGAAUCCUUAAUAGUGUUGCAACUGUCCUUCUGUAUGGACUUUGAAAUCCCCCACUUUUUUUGUGAAAUCAAACAGAUGGUCCAACUUGCCUGUUCUGACACCUUUCUUAAUAACAUGGUGAUGUAUUUUGGAGUUGUAUUGCUGGGUGGUGGUCCUCUUGUUGGUAUCCUUUACUCUUACUCUAAGAUAGUGUCCUCCAUAAGAGGAAUCUCAUCAUCUCAGGGGAAGUAUAAGGCAUUUUCUACGUGUGCGUCUCACCUCUGGGUUGUCUCCCUAUUUUAUGGUACUAGCCUAGGAGUGUAUCUUAGCUCUGCUGUUACUCAAAGCUCACACUCAAGUGCAGCAGCCUCAGUGAUGUACACUGUGGUCACACCCAUGCUGAACCCCUUCAUCUACAGUCUCAGGAACAGGGACAUAAAGAGGGCCCUGAAAAGAUUCUUAGGGAUGUCAGGUACAAAAGGGACAAUCAUGCUGAGGUAG